CAGCAACAACAACAACAACAACAACAACAGCAACAACACCAUUCACGAGCUUUCACACCACCCACGACUGAACAACAAGGCUUUAGCUAUGUCUACUAUCCUUCAAAAGCCAGAAUUAGUCGAAAAACUCAGCGCAACAACCUCAAAGCUUUGGGUGUAACCAACGGACGUGUAUUGGAUAUCCACUAUCCUGCACGUAACGUAGUUGCACUCUUAGUGCACAACGAUUACCGUCAACAAUUGAUUGACACUCUCAAAAAAUCAAAAGUCGAAGCACUGGAAUCAUAUUCGCCAUUGGACCCAACAAUUUAGUUGAUCCAAUCUAUAACAACAAAUCCAUUGCCGAAAAAACAAAAAUUGCUGCUGAAAAGCACAACCAACGUCUUGUCCGUGCUCUGCCCUUCAUUCGAGAGCAUAUCUCUAAAGCUGUGGCUUCGUUCUUUUUGAAAGAGCAAUUAAUUUCU